CCCGCUCAAGGGCCACCUACAUUCAAUCAAUCGUCUCGUACUGUCGAAUGGGGUCCAACUGCUACUGAAGUGCUCUCCAGGGCCGACAACACCUCUCUUACGGCGAGAACAGCUACUACUUGAGACUGAAGCCCGUGCUCACUCCAUUCUGGUUCAACAAGACACUCCAUAUAUCCCGUCUUUCCUGCACUAUGGUCUCCAAGGGGGACCGUUGGGCUCUGCCUUCUUAGUAAGACACUAUAUCAACGGGGCGACACUGCAGGAGCUGGAAGCUGCGCUUACCAUGCAAGAGCGGGAUGAUCUCAACCGGGCCUUGGGGUCAUUAGCUCGUGAGAUCGGACAGAAUUUCUCCAGCUCCUUUGGCUCACUAGACCAGGUAGCCUGUGGAUCAGGGAAGCAGUCCUGGCGAGAAGCAUUUGUGACACUUCUAGAAGGCAUUCUUCGGGACUCCGAAGACGCCUUUGUUCAUCUGCCAUAUGCAGAGAUUCGGAACCAAGUUCGUCGGCUGUCUCCUGCGCUCGAGGAAAUCACGUCACCACAACUAGUGAUUGUUGGGUUAGGGCGGCCGUCGCAGGUGGUGCUGAAUCCGGGGUCGAAGAAGCUUGCAGGGCUUCUAGGGCUUGAGAAUACUCUCUGGGGCGAUGUGCAUAUGGCAGAGAUCUUCGAGGCGCCGUCUCCAGCUGUGUUGGAGGGCUUUGGUACUCGACUGAAGGCAAAUAAGGCCCAGGUGGCCCGUCAAUUACUGUAUGCCUGCUAUCGUGCUGUGCACCAGGUUACGAUACACUACUACCGCGAUCAGGGAAUGGCCGCCGAGAUCGAUGCUAGGAGACGACUAACAUCGAUUUUAGCUGAAAUGGCCUCGGUAGACGGAGUUUGCACGUUAUGUUAAAUUGCGAUAUCCAGGGACAUUGAUGUAUCCUGGAAGAUUAUAUAGAUGGAUCUGAGACACAAAUUAGUUGGCUCGAUCGGCCGGGCCGAUCUGCAGCCAGACUUUGGGAGUCUCAAGAAUGGAAAACGUCCCCUAGGGCUACAUAACAGUGUUCGAACAUAAUCGAACAUAGGCCUACAUGAUGAUUACGACUUUGAUCGGUUGCGGAGAAAUCAUAUGAAAAUGAAAGUCAAUAGUCC